AUGUGCAACCUGUACAACGGCACUGUUGUCUCAAUAUUGUCAGCAGCAGAACAAAACUUCAUCGACAGUAAAGCUGUUGCAGGUAAAUACGCCAAUCCAAGAAAAGCAUACUGGCUGGGACUGACAAGAAACGGGUCUACCUGGCAAUGGACUGACGGUAGUCCAUUUUCCUACAGCAACUUCAGAGCAAUGCAGACGUUCCCAAAUGAGCAGUGUGUUAUGGUUGGCGCUAGCGAACCAACCGACUCGUUUUGGGAUAUUAGACACUGUAAUUUCUCUAAGGUACAACAACUAGUAGUCUGCAAGAGACGCAAUCCAGGUAAUUGA